AUGAGAGACAGUCCGAAGACUACUCCCAGCACCCAGCGCUUUCUCAGUAACCGCCGUAGCACCAUCAUAGCAUGGUUUUCUUGGGGGAGACGCCGCUGACAGGCUGGACCAGGUGGUGAUGAGCGGUAUGCCAUGCAGAGGAGACACAGCAGCAACACGGAUGGCAUGCCCUCUGACAGGAGCCGAAGCCAAACUCUGGGAUCAGAGAGCAGCCUAGAUGAGGGUGGUGUAUUUGACUGCCUGAAGCCCGACUCACACGCUUCACCCCAGCAGAUCUUUUCUGGCCUGGUGGGUGUCCCCUCCGGCUCUGUCUCCUCUGCCCAAUUCCAGGCAGCCGGCUUAGUCCUGGGGUCUCCCCCUGAAGUUUUUAUCCAGAUGACUGCAUCGUCCAGAGAAGAAGCGGGCCCCCACCGCACGGAUGGUGGACCUUUUGGGCCUCGACCGCCCCAGCACCACCACCACCACCACCACUUCCACCACCAGCCCCUGCAGCACAGGACCUCCUCUCUGCUCCAGCAGGCCACUACAGCAGCUGCGUCUGAGAGGCACAGCUCCAGGGAGGAGGCCCAGGAAGAUCCGUCCACUCCGGCCCCAGCCCUGUCUGAGCUGAAGUCAGUAGUCACAUGGCUGCAGAGGGGCUUCCCUUUCAUCCUCAUUCUGCUAGCUAAAGUCUGCUUUCAGCAUAAGCUAGGUAUUGCUGUGUGUGUGGGAAUGGCCUGCACAUUCGCCUAUGCCAAUUCCACGUUGAGGCACCAAGUGUCAUUACGGGAGGAACGCUCUGUAUUUGUUGCUCUGUGGAUCGUCAUGUUCCUUGCAGGGAAUAUAGCAUAUAUCUACUACACAUUUAGUCAUGAAGAGCUGCACAACAGCCUCAUUUUCUCCAAGCCCAACCUCAACAGCUUAGACUUCUUUGAUCUGAUCUGGGCAGUGGGCAUCAAUGACUUUGUCCUUAAGUACUUUACCAUUGGCCUGAAAUGCUUUGUCCUCUUUUUGCCCAAGAUUCUCCUGGCCUUCAAAUCCAGGGGAAAGUUCUACCUGCUGGUCGAGGAGCUGAGCCAGCUGUUUAGGGCCUUGGUGCCCAUCCAGCUGUGGUACAAAUACAUCUUGGGAGAAGACCCCUCCAACAGUUACUUCCUGGGAGCCACCCUCAUCAUCAUCUACAGCCUUUGCAAGUCCUUUGACAUCUGUGGACGUGUGUCUGCCAUACGCAGGGCCUUGGUCAUGCUCUGCAGCGCCCAGAGUUAUGGAGUGAGGGCAGGCAGUCAGCAGUGCAGCGAGGCGGGCGAUGUCUGCGCUAUUUGUCAGGCUGAUUUCAGAGACCCCAUAGCCCUUCUCUGUCAGCAUGUGUUCUGCGAGGAGUGCCUGUGUUUGUGGUUCGACCGGGAAAGAACCUGUCCGCUGUGUCGCUCUACUGUCAUCGAGACCCUGCGAUGCUGGAAGGACGGCACCACCUCCGCUCACUUCCAGAUCUACUAGGCUCUGACAACAUAUCAUAUGCACGCAGAAAGGAGGAGAAAUGUGAUUGUGCUGUAAUCCGAGCUAGACAAUGGGGUGUCAUCUUUCUUUGUCUAGUUUAGCGCAAUAAGUCUUCAAAUCAGGGUAAACAUAAUUGAAAUAACACGUAAUAUAAAGGGGACUUUUAUUUUAGAGGCAUUCGAAAAGAGCAGAAUGUGUGAAUUAUAUUGUCUUCAGUGUGGAUAAGUUCAGCAUCUUAUGAAGCUGGUGGUAGAGGCCACACGCGCAAACCAAAUAAUCAACAUGCUAUCACUUAAAAAAAACAUAAAGCUGGACUACCGUAAAACUUAGCCCAGGCUUUUAUUUGCUUCAGUCACUGAACUCACCCUGCCUAUAUUUGGGAGAGGCGUUUAAUUUCUUUUGCACAUGCUCAGCAAAGAUGAGAAAUUGGCUACUUUCAAAUUGUUAAUGAAUAUUAACUAUUAUACUUGUUAUAGAUAACAUAUCAAUUACGAAUCGUUCAUUUGAUCUGACUCUGAGAAACACAGAGCACAACUAGGCCAGCUUCAUUCAGAGAGGGAGAGAGAGAGAGAAAGAAAGCCCUUUAUCAAAGUAGAGGUAGCCUGUCUUAGAAAGGAUGAAAGCCGAUUGUUACCACAGUUUUUCCAACUUGGAUUCUUGGAACUUUUUUCAUUCUUUUGAUUGGUGGACCCUUACAGACUAAAGGAAAAUAAAUAAUCGAGGACACACAUUCAGGCUUUAUUGCAGCUAGGGAGUCACCUCUUUUUUUUUUUGUGUUUACCAUCAAGGUAAAAAAUUAAUGAAUAAUACUGCUCACGGUCUCUGUAAAAUGAACUGAACAACUGAAUUGAAGAGAAUAUAACCAAACUAACGAUGUGUAUCUUAGAACUAGCUCAAGCAGUGUCCCAGUGGGCUUUUAGAGGUUUUUAUACAUCCAAAGAAGUUCUAUUAAAAAACAGAUCCAUUGUCUAAUUAAUACCUGCGGUUAUUUGUCAAAAUGUGUAGCCACACCCGGCCAGUAAAAGGGAUUUGCAUCUAAUUAGGGCUCUGCUUUUAAACGAAGUUUUACAAUAUUGUCAGUUUUGCAAUUGGAAUGUUGUUACCAUACAGGUUUUCAUACAUUUUUGUGUACAUGUGGGCCUUAUCCACUGUUAUAAACUGUAAACAACAUUUUAUUUUACACUAAACACAUGAUAAAAACAAUGUUACUUUAAUUUAUUUAAAUAUUCACAGCGUUCACUCUCUUUGUGGUAAAUUGUUUUUGCAUUCUUUUGUCAUGUCUGUGUAUUGUCUAUAUUUAUCUUUUUUUUUUAAUUCUGCAGUUGGUAUUUAGCGUUGUUGUAUUUGGUUUUAAAAAUUGUAAUAUUAACUUGAAAAUGUGAUACGAAUGUCUCACAGAAUGAGCAUGAGUAGAAAAUCACUUCAAACAUUUACUUUCAGGUAAAAAAAGUUAUUUGUUAGCAAACGGUAAUGUUAUUUAGAUAUUAAGUAAUGAACAUAAGGUGGUGUGUGACUUAAUUUCCCAGAGUGUAAAAGGUACCUAGUGUAAUUGUUUAUGGUGCCAGCCAGGCAUAACAUUUUGUAGAUUUGUAUCAAGUGUGGUGGAGAUAUUGAAGACUUUUCAUACUUUUCCACUUGCAUUUCCAUUGACAGUGUGAUGAUUUCCAUUGUUAUUCACUAUGAAUAUUGUUAAUAUGAAUAAUUUCCUUUAGAAUGAUUCAUUCUUGCAUAAUACAGUCUGAUGUUACUGCGGAAUGCAGUGCAGAGGUUUUCAGUUUUAAAUUAAAGCACCUUACCUCA